AUGUUCGCGAGGCUUCUCGGAGCGGCCGCCGCCACGGUCGGUGGCGCGGCGGUAAUUCCUGGCGCCUCCGGUCCCGUUGACGAGGUCAAUGAGGCUGCCGCCCUGACCGUGCCGGCCGGCUCGCUGAAGCCGUCGCAGCUGGAGCCGCGCGUGGCCGUGCAUCACGGCGUGCCGUGCUCGACGACGCACCUCGCCUUCGACCCGCUGCAGCGACUGCUCGCCAUGGCCACGCGCGACGGGCGGUUCAAGGUGUAUGGGCGCGACGGCAUUGAAGUGCUCUUCACCUCGCCCUCCCGCGCCCACUGCAAGUUCCUUGAGUUCAUGGUGAACCGUGGUCUGCUAGUCCUGGUCAACACAGAGAAUGACAUCGAGGUGUGGGACCUGUCGCGGAAGCAGCUGGGCGCGUCUCUCAAGUGGACGGCGGACGUCACUUCUCUCGCAGUUGCCCCCAGCUCUCAUUUCAUGUCCGCCCUCUCAUCUCCUCGAGUGCAUUGGAUGCCCCUGCCCCCCUCAUUGCGAUUCUUCCCCAGCCCUCUGCACCACAUAACAGACGUUUCUCUAAACUGUUUCUCUUCUCCCCUCCACCCACCACCCCCGGCUCCCCUUCCCCCCCCUGUUCCCCUUUCCCCCCCGCUCGCUCCCCUUUCCCCCCCGCUCCCCUUUCCCCCCCCACUCCCCUUUCCCCCCCACUCCCCUUUCCCCCCCGCUCCCCUUUCCCCCCCCACUCCCCUUUCCCCCCCACUCCCCUUUCCCCCCCACUCCCCUUUCCCCCCCACUCCCCUUUCCCCCCCACUCCCCUUUCCCCCCCACUCCCUUUCCCCCCGGCUCCUCUUCCAUCUCCACAGAGUGCUACUAGCGUAUUCAAACGGCCUGCUAGUGCUGUGGGACCUGCACUACCUGCAACCAGUGGCCAUCCGGGGAGGCACUCGAGCCCAACGCACCGCCUUCCUCGAUGCAUCUGCUGCCGCCGCCGCCGCUGCUGCCGCCGCUGCAGCUGAGGCCGCCGCAGCAGAGGGGAAGAAAGGAAAGAAGGGCGGGAAAGGAGCAGGGGGAGCUGGGGGAGGAGGCGACGGGGGGAAGGGGGGCGGGGUGAUGGAUGAGAGGGAGAGGGAGAGGGCGCUAGAGGGGGAGGAUGUGGAAGGGAAGGAGGUGUGCAGCGUGUGCUGGGCUUGUCAGCAGGGGGCAGUGGCAGCAGUGGGGUAUACAGACGGAGACGUGGCCCUAUGGGGUUUCCCUGUACUAUCCAGCAGCAGCAGCACCGGUGCCACUGGCAUCACUGGCCCUGCUGCUGCUGCAGCAGCAGCAGGCGGUUCUGGCAGCAGCGGCGGCGGCGGUAGCGGAGGGGGAACGGGUGGCACUGGUGGCGGGGGGGUAGGAGAGCCUAUACCAGCCGCGCUACUAGCAGAUACGCGAGCAGAAGUGCUGGGGAGGCCGCUGAGAAAGGUGUUUGUGGCAAGGGGCAAGGCUGAGCGGUUGCCUGUGACGAUCCUGAGGUGGUGCUGUGACAGCGACUCGUGGGGGAAGAAGGCCAGCAAGGGCGGAUAUGCGGGCGGCGGGCGACUGUAUGUGUUUGGGGGCGAUGUGCUGGGCGCACCAGAGACUGUCUAUGUCGUAGCACUGGGCUCUCUCCCCUCGGGCCUACCAGAGCUAUCAGGAACAAAGCUGCCGUGGUUCGGCCCAGUAGCAGACAUCCUCGUAGCACCAGACGUGCCGGCCAAGCCCCGCCCCAAGGAGGCUGGCAAGAAGCCGGGAGCAGCCCUCAUGGUGCUCACUAUCCCGGGGCAAGUGCACCUUUACGACGAGUAUGGGAUCGAGCUGUUCUUUUCUGGCCUGUCUGCUCCUCCUGCUGCUGCUGGUGCUGCUGUGGCUGGAGCAGGAGUGCCAGCGCCGGCUUCAGCAGCAGCAGCUGCUGCUGCUGAUAGUGGUGGUGGUGGUGGGGGAGGGGUGGGGGCGGGAGGAGCAGGGUUCCCGUCGUCAGGGAGUGUGGGGGCGGUGCGGCUUCCUGAGCCGAUGCUGUUUGAGUGCCCCAACUCAGUCGCCACUGCAGCCAUCAUGACCAUUGCUGAGCCCCACUCCAUCGCUGCUCAAGUGCUGCUCCGGCUGCCGCGCUCCUCAGGCUCGCGCUGUCCAGCGCACCUAUCGCACGGCACGGAGUGGCCAGUGUCCGGAGGAAGCAUGGCGGAGUCAACGGAGCUCAUAGCGGACCUGGGCCUCUGCCUCUUUGUGUCGGGCCAUCACAACGGCCUCGUGCAUAUCUCCGAUGUCUCCACGCCGCUCCUUGCGCCGCUCGUCUCCGCCAUACCCAUUGGCUUCCCGAUGGAGCCGUACGAGCCGGUGACAGCACUGGACUUCUGUCCGGCAUCCGGGCUGCUAUCAGUGGGGCAUGGAGACGGGCUGGUGCAGCUAUUUGUGCUGAGCGCCACGCCCAGCCGCGUGUGGGUGUGGACGGUGCGAGAGGCCACGGAGGUGGAUGCGCCUCUCAAGGCUGCAGAGGACGGCACUGCCAUUGACGUUCAGGACGGCUUUGUGUACAAGAAAGCGGCGGCGCAGGAGGCAGCGCCGGGGUUCCAGUGUGUGGCGCAGUUCCGAAUCCAUGCCAGCGCCAUCCGUGCCGUCGCCCUCGCCACCUCCAUUGCCCGCCUCGCUGUUGGAGACGACCGAGCAGGCGUGAGUUCCCUCGCCUUCGUUUCCUUCUCUCCGCCCCCUCCUGUCUACCCUGCUCUUCCACCCAUCCCUGCCCUUCUGCAAAUCCCCGCCCCUCUGCGCCCAUCCUCCUGUUUCUCGACUCUCCCUCUGGCUGCUUCACUCUCUGCAAUCUGA